AUGUUCACUGGCCUGGUUGAAACAAUUGGGACGGUGACGUCCCUCGAGCCUCUCGACACCAGCGCAAGCGGGGGCGGGGGAACCUCGCUCACUAUUGGAAAUUGUGCGGAGAUUCUUGGAGAUGCCCAUCUUGGAGACAGCAUUGCCGUGAAUGGAACAUGCUUAACCGUCACAGCCUUCGACAAGGACUGGUUCAAGGUGGGCGUUGCCCCCGAAACCCUUCGCCGGACGAACCUGGGAUCUCUACAGAAAGACUCCAAAGUCAAUCUUGAGCGCGCCGUCUCCUCCGAGACACGAAUGGGCGGUCAUUUCGUCCAGGGACAUGUUGAUACUACCGCGAAGAUUCUUUCCGUUACUCCGGACGGAAACGCGCUUACGUUCAGACUGCAACCGAGCGAUAAAAGUAUUCUACGAUAUGUCGUCGAAAAGGGAUUCAUAACGCUCGAUGGAGCGAGUCUGACAGUCACGAAAGUGGUUGAUGGUGAAAAUGGGUAUUGGGAAGUCAUGCUUAUCGCGUAUACGCAGGAGAAGAUCGUUACAGCUGCGAAAAAGCCUGGCGACGAUGUCAAUGUUGAGAUAGAUAUGGUUGGUAAAUAUGUUGAGAAGAGCGUGCAGGCAUACUUUGGUCAAAAUACUGGUGGUGAUUUCACCGUUUUGGAGAGGAUGGUUGGGAAGCUUGUGGAGGAGAAACUCCGACAGGCCAAAGCUAUCUAA